AUGUCUAAAUUAGUUAUUUUGUUUUGUACCUUUCUCUUGGCUGGGACUGUAUAUUCACAAAUCACGGACGAAGAUAUUGAGAAAUAUGUGUUUAAACGAAGUAUAACUGAGAACCUUGCAAAUACAGUUGUGGGAAAAGUCAGUGUAGCAAUUAAAAAAAUUAACGAUUAUUUUGAAGUAGUUGAAACUGUAAUGUCAAAAUCAACAGAAAGUGUCCAAGACGAGGCGACGAAAAUUGCAAAUUUAUUUGCCGAUGACUUAACUAAAGUGCAACAAACGUUGAAUGCGGAAUUUGACUUGGCAAAAAAUGAUGAAAACUAUGGAGACGUAUCGGAAUGCGUGAAGCACAGUGCAGCAUUUAAUGAAAGCAUUGAACAGGCAAAACUCGAAAUAUCCCAAUGCACCAGUGAAGUUGUCAAUGAUACUGACAAAUAUUUAUUGGAAGUUAAAGAAAGUUCUGAUGGUAUCCAAGAAUAUUUACUCCGCAUUAACGAGAAAGUUGAGAAGUGUGCAAGCAAUAUUAAUGGCUUUUUCUCAGGUGCAAAAGCCUUAUGGUGUGCUAGAAAGGCAUCUCUUAAGAAAACUUGGACAGCAACAAAAAAACUUCCAGCCUUUUUGGUUGAUUUAGGUGAAUUAAUGUGGAAAGUAGCGACUUCAAUGACAGACCUAGCAGAAUGCAAGAUUUCAGAUAGAGUUGAAAAAGCCAUUUCGGAUUCGCAAAUUAUUGGUAAUAAAAUUCGCGAGUGCAUCAGAGGAAAGCUAAAAUAA